CUUCUACAAGCUCGACGAACUACUAACCAGUCCACUUGCCCGCAGGAAAUCAGCGAGGAGAGUCUCGCCUUCGCUUUCUUUAUCAUUCGCAGUCUUUUUCUCAGGAUAUUUAUUCAAUUCUUUAAGAAAAUGACUGCGGCUCUUGAAGAGCGUUUCGAAGCGAUUACUUUGCAGGAUGAGCCGGACUCGGAUAAGCAGGCUGGCUAUUCGCACAAGUCAAAGGGUUCUCUAUCUGCUGCCAUCUCAGUCUCUGGCCUAGGGGCAAGUACGAAUGGACUGCAAAAUAAUUCCUCGGCCGCCAACCGCCUUAAGCUUCCUCUGCAGAAAUUGCAGGCUCUCAAGAACGCCACAACGAGCAGCGCGGCCCAGAGCACUACCACCAUAACCAAAGUCACACUGCCUUCUCAAGCAGCUCAGCAUCCGGAGAAAAACCACGCCGUCGUAACGACAACCUCUACGAUUCGCAUAUCCGACGAAUCGGGAGCAGUCAAGCGCUUCUCGGAGUCGCCCUUAUUUCACAACCCCCCAGCUCCGAAACAGUUUCAUUUGGGCAUGUUUGAAAUUGGCAAAGCCUUGGGAAAGGGCAAGUUUGGGCGAGUCUAUCUCGCCAAGGAACGCUCUUCAGGCUUUAUAUGCGCGUUGAAGGUGCUCCAUAAGUCGGAGCUCUCUCACGGUGGUGUCGAACGUCAAGUCAGACGGGAGAUCGAAAUCCAAUCCAACCUUGCUCACCCCAACAUUCUUAAGCUCUACGGUCACUUCCACGACUCGAAGCGCAUCUUCCUAAUCCUGGAAUUUGCAGGGAAGGGCGAGCUAUACAAGCAUCUGCGGAAAGAACAGCGCUUCCCCGAAUGGAAGGCUGCGCAGUAUAUCGCACAAAUGGCGUCGGCGCUUAAGUAUCUGCACAGAAAGCACGUCAUUCAUCGGGACAUCAAACCAGAAAAUAUCUUGGUGGGCAUCCACGGCGAGAUCAAGAUCAGUGAUUUCGGAUGGUCCGUCCACGCACCGAACAACCGGCGGAAAACCAUGUGCGGGACUCUGGACUACCUUCCACCCGAGAUGAUUAAGCCAGGUUCGAGCGAUAAUUAUUACUCGGACAAGGUUGAUCUGUGGAGCUUGGGUGUACUGACGUACGAGUUCCUCGUUGGCGAAGCCCCGUUCGAGGACACGCCUGUCAUGACGCAGAGAAGGAUCACGAGGUGUGAGAUGACUAUUCCAAAAUUCGUCAGUCCAGAGGCCAGAGACCUGAUUCAAAGACUACUUGUUCUUGACCCGGAGAAGAGAAUACCGCUCGAAGAAGUGGAACAACAUCCUUGGAUUGUGAAGCACUGCAUCAAAGGCGAGAGGGCGACCAUGAGAGAGUCCGACUCCAGCAAAUCCCGGAGUAGCUGACAUGUCAAAGAGCUAUUGCCGUUACAAGCAUGAAUCAUGUACAGGGGACCGGCGUUUACUUUUCACCAUUUCAGUUUUGGGGGGUGUUGAAAACGGUAGCAGGAGUUUGAGGGCACUUUAGUGCCUUUUAUCGUCUUAUAUUUUUGGUAUAUCCGGACCCAUUAACCCGGGCUCGUGAAAGGUGUUGCCAACGAACGCCAUGCGCUAUGCAAUUAUCGCAGUAUCAUUUACGUCAUACCCAUAACAAAGAGAAACUUUUUUGCAACGCA